AUAAUCCCCGGAGAGGUCGCAACCACUGGACGAAUGCGCCUGCUUUGCCAUAUGCCGGUCUCUAUUUCGCUUGACGACAGUCACAUGCAGUCCAUCCCUCUGUACAGCCUGUUUGCGCUACUCUGCCUCCUAUACCGAUGUCAACUCUGGUCAAUACCGAAUGGACAGUCGACGAGAAGAUCAUUUUGUUGACCAAUAUAAUUCAAGGUGCUGUGGGGGAUGUACCUUCCUGGCUAAUACGGGCUAUGGCCGACACCAGUAUACAAUUUAGAUGGGAGGAGAUUGCUCUGCCACCAGGCCGCUCGGUCAGUGCCUGUCGGAAGAUGUACGAAGAGUUGCGGACGCGGUCGUUCUCCUCCAUGAGCUUCCAAGGCUUUGCUCCAUCUUUUGGCCUAGGUCAAGGACACGGUCGAACAGUGUCAGAACAUGAACUACAUCCUCCUCUGCAUCGGUCGAUACAGCCUCGCCCUCCACGCACAACAGACUCGCCAUUGCCUGUUACCACGAACGGGGAAGCAUUCACCAUUUUGCGACCAUUUGUGCCCGAGUUGGGACCGGAAAGACGCAGGAAGCGAGGCCGUCCAACCAAAGAAGAAGUUGAAGAACGCGAUCGGAGACUGGCCGCCGUUGGGCAAACGUAUGAGCCGAAAAAGCGUUCUACGAAGAGACCGAGACCCUCUGGAACUCCUGGCUCAUUGUCUGAGCCGCUCGCUGGAACUUCACCAAGACUUCGAACUCCUGUGGCACAACCCGUCCCGCAGAGAGAGGAGACUUCUAGCAGCCGGCGGCGUUCGAGGCGGCAACACGAGGAACCCGCCUACUUAGCACGACAGGAACCAGCAAGAUCUCCUCCUCCCGAAGACUCUGGCAACGAGAGAAGCUCAGGCGCUGCUCAGAGUCCCUCGGACAGGCUGUUACUGAGAUCGAACGAACGCGCUCAGGGUGUGGCUGCGGUAGCUCGCGACAUACAGCAAGCGCAUAGUCCCAGUAUCGAGCAAGACCCAGAACAGAGGUCGGACGACCAACAAUCUGGUCCGCCUUCAAUUUGACUCGCUUUUGCGACAGUACUUCCAACGCUUUGCUACAAUGUACAACCUGGAUGCGCGACCAUUUGGACAGGACAUACUGCCUACACUGUACGAGCUACGACUAUAGACAAGGAGGCCAAAAGAUGUGAACGAUACCCAUGUCUACGGCUUUAGACCUUUGGGGUGGCAGGUGUUUGCGUCUCCUAUCCUAUCGACGGUUUUCAUCGCGUGUCAAGC